ACGCCCGACAAGUCGGAACGUUCGGGGGAGCCUCCACUCAGGCUGGUUCUUAAGGUUGGGCCAGAGAACAUCAUGACAGCUUCUCCCAGCUCCGAUCACUUCAGUGCAGCAGCAGAUUCACCAGCGACGCCGGAUACAGAGUACAGACAUUCUCAUCACAAGAAGAAAAAGAAGAAGAAGAGGAAUGACCAUGAUAGGAAGAGGACAUCAGGUCACUUUGACACCAGCCAGUCGGCCACGCCCGACCCCGAUACCCAGGAUGAUGAUGAAUAUGAAGUGGAAGGAAGCGAGGAAGGGAUGGAAGAAGGGGGGUGGUCUGAACCUCCUUCCUCUAAGAAGAUCCUCCUCUCCAUUCAUGAGAGACGGGCCAACCCUGCAAGACAUUGUAAAGAGGAACCACCAGCAGUUCCCGAGAAAAGGCCUAUUUUGAAAGUACUAGAGAACCUCCAGAAAACCCUUCAAAGGAAAGAUGUUGAUAGGUUUUUCGCAUGGCCAGUGAAUGACAUCAUCGCUCCGGGCUACUCCAGUAUCAUCCUACAUCCAAUGGACUUCAGUACGAUGAAGAAAAAGAUGGAAAGAGAAGAUUACAACUCAAUCGAUGAAUUCAAGGCUGACUUUGUUUUGAUGUGUGAGAAUGCAAUGAAGUACAACCGACCGGAGACUGUUUACUUCAAGGCAGCCAAGAAACUUCUAUCUACCGGGCAGAGAGUCAUGAGCAAGGAGCGAUUAGCAACCAUCAAGAGGGCAUUUGGGUGUGUGGAUGAAGGAGAGGGGCGAUCUAAACCCAGAGCUAAGCCCAAACCCAGUCAGAAGCCGCAUGCAGAGGUAGAGAACAUGCCCCUUCCUGAGCUCAUGGAUACAAACACAAUGGAUACCAUGGUUACGGAUGAUGCAUCAACAACAAACCAGACCGAUGUUACUGGGAAAUCUGAGGAUGAGGAUGAUAUGGAUGAAGAUGAUGCCAAAAUUCUCAUCCAGGAGGUUUUAGAGGCAGCCAAAGCUGCAAAGGAUAGACUGACAGCUAGAAAACCCAACAGUAAGUUUGGUUUCCUUAGGAAAGACAAAGCUGGUACGACCACCCUGUCUGUUCUGAACCCUGAUCGGGGUGAGAAUGAAGAGAGUCGUAAGGUCAAUCUUGGCUUGUUGACGGGUAGAUUGUCCCACGGUUCGGCAUCAUUACCAGGAUUCAAAGAAGAUAAGAGAAACAAAGCUCUUCCUGUGAGCUACCUGAUGUACGGCCCAUUCAGUUCCUUUGCUCCGGGAUAUGAUUCAACCUUUGCUAACCUGAGCAAAGAAGAAUCUGAUCUUAUCUACAGCACAUAUGGUGAUGAGGAAGGAGUCAAAUAUGCAAAAAGUAUUCAAGAGUACGUGAAGGAUAGCGGUGAUCAUGUGACCAAGAUGGUGGAUAAUCUCCUUGACUCGCUCACCAACGGAGAGCAUAGUAAGACCAAGGAACAAAUAAGGCAGAAUCAGGAAUUGAAAGAGUUCCAGGCAGGAUUGGGCGAACCAGGGAGUCAGUUAACAGAUGGUGCUGGUGGAGGACUAACUUCAACACAAGGUGUCAAGAUUGACUAUGAUAGUCUGAAAUCAUUGGCUGAUGAAGGCAUUGACAUGUCAUUCCUCCCAGCUUUAGAGAAAGAGAUGGCGGUGAUGGACAAGAUACAGAGCGAGACCGAGAAGGAAGUUGAUCAGAAGCUAGGAAAGACCGCCGAGCUGAUCAGGGAUCUUGAAAGAAGCCAGAAUGAACGUCUCAAUCGUAAACCACCUCCUCAUCUCCAGUAUAUCCAAGGCCCGACAGAUCAGGAACAUGCCAUCGCUGAACAACUUACUCAAAAACUCAAAGAACUUACUGCCAAGACACUACCCGGCCACCUUGCCCCUACGGAUUCUGUUCGUAAGGCAAUGGGAAUCACUAUGGAGCCGCUAUUUGAUUCCCCGCCGCCCUCCAUAGCUACCUCCCAGACUGCUCCCAGCGAGACUACAGAGGGCAGCAGUGCUCUCCCCGAUGAUAACGCCCUGCCGGAUGACAUCGCUAAGGAGCUCGAGGCAGACGAGACUGGUACAACCGGGGACGAGGAGGGAAAGGGGGAUGAUGAUGUCGAUGCUGAGGUUGGAGAUGAACUCUUAGAGCUGUUGAGGGAUGAAGAUGGGGGAUCAUAGAUAGCAUUCUCCAGAAUCCGUACAAGCCUACCACAGUCCUCGGUUUUCAUUUACCCUUCCUGUGAUGUAAAUUCCAUUAUUUUUAAGUGUUAGCUUGGAAAUAUGAGCACUUCAUUCAGUGACCGGCUGGAAUUUGCCCUAAGGGGUGGAGAAUGAUUACAUUGCAUGUGGGACAAGACAGAUUGAAUCAAGGGGAAAAAAAACCAUGAGGGUAUGGGGCGAAUUUCCCCCUGAAAUGCCCAAAAGAGCCCUGGAAAUUUCCAUAGGGUGCAGUGUAAAUUGUACUACGUCACAAAUUUGUCUGAGCUCAAAAGAAGGUUUUUUUAAAAAUUAAUUCUUCUCCUGGAUUGAAUCCAUGGACCAGGUUAAUAAUAAUUUGAAUCACACCUAAAUAAUUUGGCAACUAACUACCCUGGUACCAUGGCCCAGGAGCCGAUCAAAGAACAAUUACCAUAGGAAAGUCUUACAGGCCUGGUCCCACUGGCCGACGGACACAAAACGUACUCAUAACGGAUAUAUCGGAGAAGCAAAAUUUCGGAGUGGUUCCAUCCGUUUUCAUCUGCUCCAGACAAUGGACAAAAUGGGCAACAAUGAAAUCACAGUAGACGGAUGCUCGAUGGAUAUAGAGCGUAUGAAACACACAUGCAAAGAGUACACAACGGAUACAUAACGUUUUCCAACGGAUGGCAAGUUUCUUUUCCGUCCUACAUCCUCUCUGCAUCCGUAAGUGCAGUGGGACCAAGCCUUUAGGAAACUUAUCCUCAUAACUUUUUCUGCCUGGUUAUUGAUAGCACACAUUGAAUAUGAUUUUCAUUUCAUUCAAAGUAUCUGUUCUCUUUUUAGGCUGGUUAUAGUUGGUCACCCCCCUCUCUUCAUUCAUACCACUGCCAUAUUUUGAAUAUGAUUUAUCAAUAGCUGUCGCAGUUUUGUUUGACCCAGGGCCUGUUACAUAAAACUUUUGCCAUAAAAAGAAAAUUCUGGCAAAUAAACAAAAACUCUGGCAAACAGAACUUUGCCAAUGACACUUAAUACGUUAAAAACCUCUGGCAAAAGAAUUGCCAGAGUUUUUCUUUUAUGUGACGGGCCUCGUUUUUCAAGGAGAAGUUAGAUCGGUGGGCUGGGACAGCAUGUACGGAAGCCUAUUCUCCCAUGGCAUUGUAGGUAUGGGAAUAAGAAGAGACCAAGUGUUGGAUGAACGGAGAGAUUCGACAAAAGUAUUUCUAUGAACUCUGUCAAUACUGUGUUGAAGUAUAGAACCAUUUAUAGAGUUGAAGAUAAGAAGCAGUAUCUUCAUUUUAAUGUGAUCUUUGACAUCUAACCAGUGAUGAUAUUUCCUAAUGGGUGUAACAUGACAUGGGUGUGUUUUUGUAGAGAGGGUGAUGAUAACGUCCUGCAGCAUUUUGGAACCUUGAAGACUGUACGAGCUCUAGGGAUGAGGUACAUGCAUACUGUAGUUAAGAUGUUUCCAUCUGAAUAAGACAUUGAAAGUUUGAGAUGUAAUGUUUUGUAAAUGAACUUGUAUUUAUGUAAUAAAAGCCAUUCCAUGUACAUAUCA